AGCUGCUUCCACAGAGUCAGUCCCAGUCCACAGCUGCCAAACGGCCUCAACUACUCACACUUGUUUGACUUUCAAGGAAAAUACUCCAGCCGCAAGACACUGAGCUACAGCAACCUCUGGAAUUGCUCGUGGAGAAGAUUCAGACUAGAUUUUUCAGAACAGAGCACUGAAGACACGCUCACACAAGGCAGCCUACUGUAGUCCGACUCUGAAAGCAUCAACGCUGCUCUCGUCGCUGCCAUGAACAGGCUUGUUUCCAUUGCCCUGCUAUUCCUGGGAGCCAGUUUGUCUGCUUCCCUCUUCCUUCCCGACUCCCUGGAGCUGAGGCAGUUAAUGCAACGCUACCAGGAUGAGCUGGAGCUCAACAGCACAAAAGCUGAUGCGCCUUUACGCACUCGCAGAGCCAUCAGGUGGACGGACAGGGAGGAGAUCCUGCAACUCCACAACAAGCUGAGAGGAGAGGUGUACCCAACUGCCUCCAACAUGGAGUACAUGGUUUGGGACGAUGAACUGGAGAAGUCAGCAACCCAUUGGGCGGAACAAUGCCAGUGGGAACAUGGGCCUCAAGACCUACUGAUGUCCAUUGGGCAGAACCUUGCAGUGCACUGGGGAAGGUACCGUUCUCCUGCCUACCAUGUGCAGGCCUGGUACGAUGAGGUGAAGGAUUACACCUACCCUUACCAGCAUGAGUGUAACCCGUGGUGCCCUGAGCGCUGCUCUGGACCCAUGUGCACCCACUACACACAACUGGUCUGGGCCACAACCAAUCGUGUUGGCUGUGCUGUACACACGUGUCCAAGUAUGAACGUGUGGGGAGAGGUCUGGGAGAACGCUGUCUAUCUCGUCUGCAACUACUCACCAAAGGGAAACUGGAUUGGGGAAGCCCCGUACCAACAUGGCCGCCCCUGCUCCCAGUGUCCACCAAGCUACGGAGGAGGCUGCAGAAACAACCUCUGUUACAAAGGAGACCCUGAACGUCAUGAGUCUCCAGAUAUGAAUGAGGUGGAGAAGCCUCAGGAGCCUGUACAGCCUCAAACUACUCCAACUAAGCCUCAGUCCAAGCCCUACUCCCCUAAGAAACCUGCAAAUGCCAAACCUUCCUUGCCCAAGACUACAAGCACAACCUAUCUAGCCCAAAAUAUUAAAUGUGAGACAAAAAUGAGGGACAAAUGUAAAGGAGCAACCUGCAAUAGGUUCAACUGCCCAGCCAACUGCCUAAAUAAGAAGGGGAAAGUGUGGGGAACGCUGUACUAUGAUGUUCAAUCAAGUAUUUGCCGUGCUGCUAUCCACUAUGGAAUAAUUGACAACAAUGGAGGCCUUGUUGACAUCACAAGAAAAGACAGCUUCCCGUUCUUUGUAAAGGCAACCAAGAAUGGUGUCGAGUCAUUCAGUAAAUACAAGCCUGGCAAUGCAUUUAUGGUGUCAAAAGUGGAAGAGCAAACAAUAGACUGCUACACAACAGUGGCAGAGAUUUGUCCCUUCAAGACGUCCACCUCUCAUUGUCCAAGAGUGUUCUGCCCAGCUAACUGCAUAAACGAACCUUCGUAUUGGGCUCCAGUGGUCGGCAGCAACAUCUACGCUGAUGGCUCCAGUAUCUGCCGAGCAGCUAUCCACGCUGGACUGAUCAAAGCUGACGGGGGAUACGUGGACCUCCUGGCUCUGGAUAAGAGGAAAAGUUACACCGGGACCAUGAAGAAUGGCAUCCAGUCUGAAAGUAAAACCAACACAGAAGGAGGUUCAUUCCGUGUCUUCGCUGUUAGAGAGUGAGUCGCCACUGUCGGGACACAAAAGGUCUCUGAAUCUGCUCUUGCAACCCCUUCCAUCUUUUUCUGACUUUUGGAGGAAAGAGACAUUUAAAGAAGACCAAAGUCUUCUCCAACUUACUGCUAGGUCAAUCGAUGGGCUUCCAAAGGUUUUAUAUACAAUUGUGAAUAAUAUUUUGACCACACAUGCAGCUCAUAACAAAAUGCAGUGCGGUUGAAAUGGUAUUUGAACAGCGAUGCUGGUUUUAAUCGUUGUUGUUUUUAAUCAAACAAGUCUGUUUAUUUUUUGGAUUAUAUUCUAUUAGUUUUGAUUACAUGUAAAAUCUCUAAUUUCCAUACAAAAUUCAUAUUGAUUACACUGUAUUUAAUCUGUACAGUUUUUUUUUAAUGAUUUGUCAGUCUUGUUGUCUGUUUCUAUUUUUUUUUUUUUUUUUUUGCUGGAUUUCAAAUCUUUCUUCUUUUUUUUGGAAGCCAGAGCAGGAAUAGAGUGCAACAGUCACCACCCACGUUUUUUGCGGAUUUGCUUCGAGAAUUAUUUUUCAUAUUCAAUUUAUCCUUAGGGGAAAAAAUUCUUAGUCAUAAACCAAAGCAACCAUUUCCAAGAUGAAUCACAACAUUACAAAUAUAAAAGAUCAUGGUACGUCUAACCCAAAGGCUUAUUGUUAAAAUCAAUUUCCCUGUGAAGACAACGAAUAGGAUCUUUACUUCCGUAACCCGACUGUUGCGCUCUAUAGCAAUAGUAGUUAAGCGUGUACAGUAGAGUAGUGGGGAUCUGUUGGACCCGGAUUGGGCAAACGGAUGCUAUGCAGAGAAAUGGGAAAGAAAAGGAGGCAGACCUCCAAGCAAAAGAGACCUUCCCUUCAUAAUGUGUGUGAGCCGUCCAGAGUCAACACUACUCAGUCAUUAUGGUAAAGGUGCAAAAACAUUGAAACAAUGUGCAGUCCUAGGAGAAUUCAGCGUCACUGAGUGCAUGUUUAGGCUCAUCUUUCAUUAUGGCACGUUCGUUUUUGUUUUUUAUUAUUAUGCCUCCUUCAACCCCUGCUCAGAACUGCAAAUUCUGUGGAACAGAACCAAAUAUUUAUGAUGUGCUCGCUUGAGAAUCAAAUGUCUGUCAAUGUGUAACCCGUUUGGUUAAAUGCUAUAUACAAACCAGAGUCCGACAUCGCUGCCAAAAGCAAUUUCAUCAGAAGUUUAACUUUUAAUUUUUUAUUUCGUACGGAAAGGAACCCAAGUGCACAGUGGAGGCUGAACAUUGAUUUGUUUAAACCACUUUUAUACUGCAACAUAAUAAAAAGGUACUUACGCUGAAAGCAUGUAAAGCCAUGCCUCUAAGAGGAAAGAGACGUCUUAUCUCAAUGCAUAUUUCUUAGUUGGAUAGGGUUCAGAGUUCAGGAUUUCGACUAAAUAUAGAUGAUCUUAUAUGGAAUAAGGACCGUGGAGCACAAUAAUCCCUUUGAAGGCUUCCGUUUUGCUGCUUUUUACUUUUCAUCUACUUUUAUUUUCUUAUUUUUUUCACUUUCUUGAAUUGGUUACCUCAGUGGAGCAAUAUAUUUGGGUAUGAUGUUUGUACAGUCUUUAAAAAUGGUUUGUGUAAAUAUUCAUAUUUGUGCUUUGUUUUCAAGUCAGUAUUGUAAAGGAUGAAAGUGUAUGUCCUCGGUUUCUUUUUAAAGCCAGAAGAUAAUUGUUUUUUGCACAAAUUGAAAAUAAGGUUAUAAAAAUCUAUGAUACUAA